CACCGUCUCCGAGUCUGCAAGUUUACCUCCAUUUUCACAAGGGUUUUAGACCUAAGCUUUUUCUUAUUAUUCUUCUUCUUCGCUCUAAACCCUAGCAACCAUGAACACCAUCAACAAUGUCUCUGCAAAACCAAACCUUAAACUAUUCCCCUCUCUCAGUCACCAUCAUCCAAUUUUAUCCCGACCCGUUUCUUCCCUCUCCUUCAGGACCCCACCAUCAUCACAGCCGUCCAUCACAAUCAGAGCCUCGUCCUCGUCGUCCCCUGAAGCCCCGAAACCCAAUCUCUUCAAUUCGCUAAACCCUAGCCCCGCGUUCCCUCAAUCCCUAACCCUGCCCUCGUUUCAGCUCCCCUUGUCUCUCCUCAAAUGCACCGUCGUCACCACCGUGACCGCGGCCGCGAUUUUCUUCGGCAGGUUUUGCGUUACGCUAAAACCGGCCAUCGCAUCCCCCGUUUCAGCCCCGGCCGCCGUGGAGACCGCGUUUUCCGACGAGGAUAAAGAGAGAGUUCUGGAAGAGAGCUUGCUAUCGAAUCCGAAUGAUGUUGGAGCAUUACGGAGUUUGAUGGAGAUGAAGAUCCAGAGCCGGAAAAUUGCGGAAGCUAUUGGCAUUAUCGACAGAUUGAUGGAGCUUGACCCGAGCGAUACGGAGUGGCCGUUACUGAAAUCUCAUUUGUAUAUUUACAGUGGAGAGGUGGAAACGGCGAAAAAUGGAUUCAAUGAGAUUGUGGCAAAGGAUCCUCUUAGGGUUGAGGCUUAUCACGGACUGGUAAUGGCUGCAUCAGAGUCCAAAUCGACUGAGGAUUUGAAGGAAAUUGCGAAAAGAAUCGAGGAGGGGAUGAAGUUGUGUAAGAAGCAAGGCAAGAAGGCAGACUUUAGGGAUUUCAAGCUUUUGCUGGCGCAAAUUCGGGUGAUUGAAGGAAAGCAUGAUGAGGCUUUGAAGGUUUAUCAGGAAUUGGUGAAGGAGGAGCCGAGGGACUUUAGACCAUACCUAUGCCAAGGGAUCAUAUACACAUUAUUGAGGAAAAACAAUGAAGCUGAGAAGAACUUUGACAAGUACAGGAGGUUGGUGCCCAAGGGCCAUCCUUAUGCAACAUACUUUGAUGAAAAUAUGAUUGCAACAAAGGUUUUUGCACAGAAAAUGGAGAAUGAAAUAGCAAUGUCCAAGAAAUGAAAAGCUUCGGUUUAAUUCAGAGCCUGCUGAGCUGUUCCCUAUUGUGGGAAGCGGUAUGCUGCAGUUUCUCUGUUGUUGAGUUGUUGACAAGCAUAUACUUUACAUAUAUUGUUUUGCAUAUGUGAUAGUGCACUACUCUCUAUGGUUUCAUAAUGUAGGUUUAAUAUCGAAUGUUACUAAUUAGGUUCGUAUUUGGAAAGCUGUCAGAAAAUUUUGUGGCCAAGAGUAUCGCUUUAAUCAAACGGUGCAAUACAGUAUUUACCCAACAAUUUUGUUUUGUUGUC